AUGGAAUUCUUAUUAUCUUGUUUCUAUCUGGUGAGUUUUUGCGUUUGGAUUCUCUGCUCCCGGGUGCCGAAGUUGCGUCUGGCACUCGUCGACAAGAUCAAUAUACGAAGAGCGAAGGAGAAAAAGGCGGAUAGCUUAUGUCAGAUGAUCGAGUACAACGUCAAGAAGUCAUAUACGGCUUUGCUGGAAGCUGACGACUCUGACCAAAGUGGUUUCGCUCCCCCGCGCAUCACGAGAGCGCUCAUAUCAAUUCUGAUCGCGAUUCAAAAUCUCAUUGCGCUUGGGCAUGCCUCCAGAGCUGACGAACCAAUCCGUGGAGUCGUUCUCUGCUCAGGAAAAUUAGCACUCACAAACCUGUUUCCUUUAUUUUUGUUCGGAUCCCACGAAAUUAUUCUGGUCAAAGUGUUGCGUCACAGCAGACAGCAAGUGCUCUGGGCACACAGCUUGUUUGCAUGGAUCGUCUUGCUUGAAACUGUAAUCCACGUCGGUCUUUCACUUUUCCUCACGUCAGGUCUCAGUUGGAUCAUGGCGUUUAUGGCAAGUCGUACCAGUGUGGCAUUGUGUGUCAGCCUGUACCUUGCCAUUCGCAUGCAAACAAGGGUCCGGAGAACAUUCCACGGCAUUGUUGGGAUCAUAAGCAUCCUAGGUGGCAUGUUCCAUCUCUUACAGUCUACUGCGUCUUUAUUGCUUGGACUGGGCAUUAUAGGCCUUGGGGCGACUGGAAUCCAUGGUCUCUGGCGUCCGGGUAGUAUUGAAAAUGCCACCCCCAAAGGUAAUGCGAGGCGAUACGUAGAGUUGAAAGUUCGGGUACCUGAUAGUAAGCAUGACUUUUACAUCAAGAGUCGCGGGACGUUCUACAGAGUUGCGUGGGUAACGGGACAAGAUAGCUCGCAGUAUGAAGCUACAGUACUCUUGCCGCCUUCUGCCAUUGAAGACAGACCUGUGAGUAGGACCACCAGAGAAGAAGUAAGAGUCACAUGCGAUGGGCUUCUCCGUGCACCAUUAUCUCCCUACACGUAUCUGGCAAAAGACCUUGACAUCAUUGCAACAGAGAGUGGCAUAUUCGAGGGUUACUCUUGCUUCAAAUGGCGGCAACGACUUCUGGAGCCCAAGAAUAGCCCAUAUUUCAAAACCAAUACCUUGAGAAGAAUCCGUCGCGAGGAAAACAGUAUUGAAAAAGCCAAGAAUUCUGCAACUAUACUUCUAGAAAGACUUUAG